CACUCCUUUUGAAUCCGACAAGCCUCCGCUCAGCCAACAGCGUGCUGAGCUAGCUGCUGACGUCAGAGCCAGUCUGGAAAUGGGAUGCUUGCAAGCUUUGUUAUUUUAGAUCUGAGCUGGCGGGAAGAGUUGCUGGACGGAGAGAGCUCCUCUCUCAUUUCUUUCCUCUCAGGCUGAAACUACGAUGCCCAGCUAACAGGGUUACCCAUGCCAGAAAACUUAUGUACAUACUACAGAAAACAAUGAGGGAAACUAUGCCACAGACACCAAUAUUUUCCAGCAUGCUUGGGACGGGAUGUCGGGGAGAGGUGCAGCCAGACACAGGCGAGAGGAAUGUCGACCCUGUUUAUCAGGAUGGGAAUCUCAUUUCUGGAUCCCUGGAGGUCCUCAUUGAGCAUUUGGUUCCCACCAUGGAUUACUAUCCAGAUAGGACAUACAUUUUCACCUUCCUCCUGAGCUCCCGUGUCUUCAUUCAUCCUCAUGAGCUCUUGGCUAAAGUGGGACACCUCUGCCUUAAGCAGAAACAGCAGCUGGAGACCGGGGUUGAAGCAGACAAGGCAAAGCUCAAGGCCUUUGCAGCAAAGAUAAUCCAGCUUCUGAAAGAAUGGACUGAAACAUUUCCGUAUGACUUCCAGGAUGAGAAAUCUAUGAAGGAGCUAAAGGAAAUUGCUCACAGGAUCACACAGUGUGAUGAGGAAAAUGGAACAGUCAAGAAGAUUAUCAGCCAGAUGACGCAGGAUCUGCUGAUGGCCCUUGCUGCCCGGAAUCAGUACCAAGAGAUCAGAGAGAAGUUUCGUCAACCUGUGACUGACAAAGGUGCAAUCCUUAAAACUAAGCCACAGUCGUCACAGAAGGACAUUCUGAGUGUUUGCGGUGACCCGCUGGUCCUUGCACAGCAGCUAACACACAUUGAAUUGGAGAGGGUAAGCAACAUUUAUCCAGAAGAUCUCAUGCAAAUAGUCAGCCACAUGGACUCCCUGGAUAACCACAAGUGCCGAAGUGAUGUUACCAAGACGUACAAUCUCGAAGCCUAUGAUAAUUGGUUUAACUGCCUCAGUAUGUUGGUGGCAACAGAGAUUUGUAAGGUUGUGAAGAAAAAGCAGCGAACAAGAAUUGUAGAAUUUUUCAUUGAUGUGGCAAGAGAGUGCUUCAACAUUGGGAAUUUCAACUCCAUGAUGGCAAUUAUUUCUGGCAUGAAUUUGAGUCCUGUAGCCCGGCUAAAGAAAACGUGGUCCAAAGUGAAAACAGCCAAAUUUGAUGUUUUAGAGCAUCACAUGGAUCCCUCAAGUAACUUUUGUAAUUAUCGGACUGCCCUUCAAGGGGCAGCACAGAGAUCUCAGACAGCACACAGCAGCCGGGAGAAAAUCGUCAUCCCUGUUUUCAAUCUUUUCAUUAAAGAUAUCUACUUCCUGCAUAAGAUACACACCAAUCACUUGCCGAAUGGACAGAUCAACUUCAAGAAGUUCUGGGAAAUUUCAAGGCAAAUCCAUGACUUUGUCACAUGGAAACAAGUGGAAUGCCCUUUUGAAAAGGACAGGAAGAUUCAGAGCUAUCUGCUCACUGCACCUAUUUACAGUGAAGAAGCUUUGUUUAUUGCAUCGUUUGAAAGUGAAGGUCCAGAGAAUCACAUGGAGAAAGACAGCUGGAAGACACUCAGGACAACGCUCCUCAACCGAGCCUGAGAAUUGGGACUUUUGCUCUGGAUUUUAAAGCACACUCUAAGAACAUUGUUUUUUAAAUCCUGAAUGGCUUGGUUUGAGAAAAGAAGGCCUCGCUGGUUGGGGUCUGUUUUGUAUAUAUGAUACCUUUUAUGAAUUAUGAAAAAAAAUGUGCUCAAUAGUAUUUCACAUCAACUUUAAGGCACUUAAAAAUGAAGGCUUUUGUUUUUUUAACUCCAAAUCAAGGGCAGGGCCCUGGUCUCAGAGAUGAAAUGGACUGUGAGGAAGUAGAAUCCAUGGUGAUGUCUUCUUUGAGGGCCAUCAAGAUCUUUAUUUUCAUGUGUGAUGAUUUCUACCCAAUACUGUACAUGUACACUCUCUGAGGGAGUCAGUACAUUCUCACUUUUAAAGUUCCACUCAGUCUUGCUGUGCCUGGCACUUCCUGAAAAAGUUUCAUUGUUCGGAGUGAUGCAUCUGAAAAUCAGCAGCUAUGGCUGAUCUAAAGAAGCAACAGAGUUGUUUCCAGGAUUAGUCCAGGUUGACUUAACUGUGAAACUUAAGCACGGAGCCUUUGUCAAACUAUACACCUGUUCAAGUGAACUAACACUCUGAUAAACAUGCUUCUCCUGUACCAAC